AGUGUGCUUCUCCCUCUGACAGCUCCUGAGAAAACACAUUUGUCAUUAAGAAUGAUGGUGUGUUAUCCAGCAAGACAGGUUGGGGGUAAACACAGAUUAGCAUGCUUAUCAUUUAUAAUACUGAGUCCCCUUGGCCUACUUUUCUACCAUAAUAUUAAAAUGGCCAUGAGAACCCCGUAAAUCUCAGACUUGUAGAAAUUGCACUGUGUGCAGCUUUUAAAGAUGUUAUGUGAUGAAAAAAGUCAUAACAUAAUGAGUAAUUCUCUUUUUAAGUCAAUAGAUAUCUAAGGCAAUGGUAAAUUAAGAGUGUUUGCUUUAAUAGGAUUAUGAGCUUGCAGUGUUCAUACAGAUUACUUUAUAAACCGGAUUGAGAGAGAGAGCGCUGAAGGAUUCUCUGUCCAUCUUCAGGGGGAAAGAGAACGUACCGUAAGCGGCAAAAAUGCCGGUUAUAGAUGUAGAGAAUCUAACAGACUUGGAUAAAGCUAAAAUGGAAGUAGAUCAGUUGAAAAAAGAGGUGAAACUCGAAAGGGAAAAGGUGUCUAAAUGCUGUGAAGAAGUCAUGGAAUACAUUCAGGGUGGUAUGGAUGAAGAUCCCUUGGUCAAAGGCAUCCCAGAAGAAAAGAAUCCAUUCAAGGAAAAGGGUGGAUGUGUCAUUUGCUAAUGUGGACAGAAUAACUGCCCUCUUCCUUUUACAAUUUAGACUGUGGUACUGCACAUGGACACCUGCUACUCUUUAAUCUUAGACAGAAUCUUCUCUGCUCCCUGAAACAGAGAAAGACUCGAGGAUAGAUACGAAAAUUACUCUAAAUGACUUGGAUAUGGACCCUCUCCCAUUCUCUUGUGUAUUCCUCUUUGAAGUGUUGAAAUAAAACAGAAUAAUUCUGUGCAGCAAUUGUCAAUGUUGGUGCAAGGCAUGAUGGGUUGAAUAUCAAAAUGUACAGAGGCUCCUUUAGAAAUAUUUAUUAAAAAAAUAAUAAUAAUAA